AUGUGGCAAUCGCAGCCGCAACCGAUUCGCUUCAAUCAGUACGGCAACAACUAUUAUAAUGUUCUCGAGACGACCACGCUGAAUCCGAAUCCGAACGCUUCGAUCGAUUUUGUGGUCACUCAGGUCGAAAAGUUGGCCAAUCAGAUCAACACGCUCACCGCAGAUGUAAGUUUUUUCCAGCACAAAAUAGAUUACGGUAACUUUAAAGGCGCAGCCCCCAACUAAACAUGUCAAAUUUUCAGGGCGAAACAGCGGGACUCCAAAUAGCGGAUCGAGGUGUGCAGACAUUCAAUCGAAUGAAAGACGCGUUCAACAAUGGAACCAUUCCGAACGUGGACCGCAUUGUCGACAUUGUCAAGCAGAAGACGCACGAUUGGCCCGUCACCGAGCUCAUCGUCAUGGUCAUUGUCGGCUUGGUUCUUGUUGUGAUUACGGUAAUUUUUGCUGAAAACUCUAGACGAAAAAACGUUAUUUUUUGAGUUAAUCUUCCUCUUCCUGCUCUUCGGCGAACGAGUCACCGAGUACCGAUUCCGAAAGAAGUUGUCCGCCGAGUCGGACAUUGAGAAUAUUUGA